AUGACUCUUUUUUCUUUGCAGGCUUCUUCUACGGAAACCACAACAUUUGGUACUUAUAAUUUCUUUGAUUUGAGAAGAUGCCAUGACUUUGAUGAGAUUAUACUGCUUUAUUUAAGAGGUGAAGAUAUGAAGUUCUAUAUCAGUUCUCAAUUACGCAUUAGAUUAUAUUGUAAUCCAAAGAUGUUUUUAAGUUUUGCCCACAACUAUUUUUUAAAUAAAAGGAGGAUAAUCAAAGAUGAUUGUAAGAACAAAUUAUUCUCUAUACCUUUACUAGUGAGACCAGAUGGUAAGAUUGCAAGGAUUGGAUGGGCUGCAGAUUGGGAUAAAAAAAGCUACAAACAUGGUCUAUCUGACUCAGUAAAUUUAUUACGAUGUGGCUGUAAGUUCAUUGAAUUAUAUGCAAUAUUAGGUGAAUAUGGUUCAGAGAGUGAGGUUUCAUCUAGAACAACUGCUGGAAGUAAACAUCAACGUGAACAAAGAGACCCAUUGUCAUUGAAACUCCGCUGUGGAUCCUAUGAAACUGCUGGUACUCGUAGUUAUAUGGAAGAUCGAAUAUAUACUUGUUUAGAUUUAUUUGGAACUUGCUCAAAAAAUCCAUCAUUUAGUAAGUAUAGGAUGGCAUUUGUUGGCGUAUAUGAUGGGCACAAUGGUGAGUACACAGUGGAAUUUCUAAAGAACUAUUUACAUAAGAAUUUUGUAUCAUCAUUUGAGAAUGAUUCAAAUUCAGAUACUAUCCAAAGUACAGUAAAAGCUCUAUUUGCAGCAUUUAAUACUACGGAGAAUCAAAUUAGGCAGCACUAUCUAAGUACUGGAAGCUGUUUCUCUAGUCAUGAAAAUGAAAUUUCUUGUCAACAUGAUUGUUCUCAACAUAUAUCUUCAAACAGUAUUUGUAAUUCUUCCUUUUGUAGUUUUGUCAAACACAUAUCAAGUGGUUCCACAGCCCUUGUUUGUUGUGUAGUAUCAUCUACAUUAUGCAUUGGUAAUUUAGGUGAUAGUAGAGCACUUUUAUGCAAAGGUGGUAGAGCUUACCCAUUAACUAAUGAUCACAGAAUUAAGACAAAUCAUGAAGAAAGGAGUCGUGUUGAAAAAGAAGGAGGCACAUUUGAUGAUGAAGGUUAUUUGGGUGGAAGUCUAGCAGUGUCACGUGCUUUUGGAAAUUGGGAUAGAAAUAGUGGUACUAAACUUUUAGGGGUAAGCUCUAUCCCAGAAAUCUUUAUUCAUUAUAUUACUCGUGAAGAUGAAUUUUUAGUUAUUGCAUGUGACGGUAUUUUUGAAUCAAUUACAAAUCAGGAGGUAAUUAGUAUUAUACGGAGAUCUUUAAUUGAGACAAAUGAUCCAAAUAUUGCUGCAGAAAAACUUGCGAGAAUUGCCUUGCAAAGACAAUCUUUAGACAAUCUUUCAAUUAUUAUUUUAGUUCUAACCUCACCUGAAAUCCCUACAAAUAGUGGAUUACAACAACCAAGUCAACCCUCAGAAACACUUAAACAAAAUAAUUCUAAUAACUCUAUUGGAGAUAAUUUGUCGAGAAGAAAAAUUUAUAACUUUUCUCAAUUAAAGAGUUUUUUACAGCAAUAA